GCAAAUGCUGUCAGUUGAAAAAACAAAAACAAGUUCCAUCGAAUAAAAAAAAUCCAACUAGAAUUUCCAAACAGCAUGAUUACGACGGCAAUCCGGAUACCGUUACGCGGUUUAACUCGACCGCCGUUUGCCAGAAUCGUCACAUCCUGUCUACAAAAUCGAACCAAACAGUUGAAUACCCGGAAUGUUAAUGUGUUCAAGACAUCGCCAGAAGAAAAAAGUACCCACAGACGACGAUGGUUCAGUUCCAUGAACCCAAACGACUUCCUAGCCACAUCGCUGAUCGAUUCGGCAACCUACGAAGUGGUCUGCUCGGAAACCAUCGAAUCGUUGUGUGAUUAUUUUGAGGAACUGGUCGAAGAAUGUCCCCACCUGAAGGCAGCCGAUGUGACCUAUGGGGACGGUGUUCUGACGGUUAAUUUUGGUAGUCCCUACGGAACGUAUGUGAUAAACCGACAGUCCCCGAACAAACAGAUUUGGCUUAGCUCACCCACGAGUGGUCCAAAACGGUACGAUUUUAUUCCGGAUAAAGAUUCCGAUGCAGCAACAGCUAGGGGUUUCUGGGUGUACAAACAUGACGGGGUAACGUUGCACGACCUGCUACAGCAGGAAAUUGCACCUAUAGCGAAGAAAGAUGUGAACUUCAGCUCGUUGCCCUUCAGUAAGGCUAAAUAAAUGAAAAACGGAUUGACUCCGUACUAGUUUAGUUAAUAAAAAUUUCUGUUCAAUUUGAAAA